CCUCGCAAUCAAAGGCGAGCAGACCGCCCGCGCCGGGGAGAGAGGGGGGGAGAGGAGGGUGUUGUUUCCCCAGAAGCACCAUCCUUCUCCGGCAGCCCCUGUCCGCCCCAGCACAGCCUCAACGCUUCUUCCCGGCGGCGAGUGCUCUGUCCCUGCAGCCCCUCAACGCCGCCGGGAGCCAGAACAACCUGACCGCCCCAUCUCCAGGCGGUGGCAGCGGCGGCCACAGCCCCGUCCCUCCGAGCUCGGGUGAGUCCGCUCGCCCCCCUCUGCUCGAUGAGCUGCCGCGCUCCGCGAGCGGGCAGCCCGCCUCCCCGCUCCCGGGCCGGCGCUGCCGACCGGCGGGAUGCGGCUCUUCCGCAGCCGACGGCAGGCUGCCGGGGGAUACCCGUCUGCAGCCAUACCCCAGCGCCUCGCAAGCCUUCCGUUCCCACCGAACUCCCGCGAGUGGCGGCGCUUCGCGGGCAGGCUCUCCCGGAGCUUCCCUUUCACAAGAGGUCGCGCCCGGACACGGCCGGCAGGGCUGCUCCCACCUGUGCUCGGCGGCCCCGCGCCCGCAGCCGCUCCGGUGACAGGCGCACCUGCGCCCCGUCCCCGAGCCGGUGGCGGGAGCUUCUAAGCCCAGCGGAAGAAGGGGAUAGGCUUUGCUGGGGGUUGCUGCUAAUGUGCCUGCACAUGUUACGAUAGAAACCCGGUAGAGCAGCCUAUUAGUUGCCACUACAGUUUAAUUUGAAAAAGUUUCUGAGCUCCGCCAUGGAACUUGUUACGGGAGGAACCAACUCGGCAUAAUGCCUCACCUGGCAGCUGCUGCGCACCCGGAGGCAGAGAGUCCGCCCGGUUCGCAAGCACCAGCGAGGGGUCGCGGUCUUUCCCGGGCCUCCCUCCACCCCAGCUAAGCCGGCUAGGCUCCCUCUCCCUGGUGCUGCCCGACUUUGUAUCGCUCCCGACCUGACGGUGCUCCUAGAAAGGGGAGGGUCUUUUUGUCCCUCCCGUUCGCUUCAGCCGAGUGGAAAGGUUUUUUGUUUGUUUGUUUGUUUUUCCUAAUAUCAUCAUUUAAUAGAGAGGGAAAACCACAUUUCCUGUCCCCGCUAAUUAUAUCUCAGCCUCCACCGUACUGCCCCUUCCCGUUCCCAGCGGCCAGCGAGCCCCCGGCCAGAGCACCCGCUCCGCAGUUCCUCGGACACGUAGCUGCCCGGGAGAAGCUCUCCCACCCCGGGAGCACGACCCAGACAGGGCUCCCGUUCCUGGAGGCGGUGCCCGGGCUGGGGGCCGGGACCAUGUACCCGGCGCGGCGCUGAACCCCACGGCGGCGGCGAAGCGGAGCCCUCUCCCGCCGGCAGUCCCCGACCUGCGUGCGAGCGGGGCCGCGCCCGCCGCAGCUGCCGCCCAUGACCCUGCGCUCCGCCGAGUCCCUGGAGAGCGCGGAGAGCUCCCGGGAGCGCUGGGGGCACCGCGGGGCGGCGGCGCCCGUUGCCGAGGAGUCCCGUGAGGCGGCGCAGCUGGCCGCGGCUAUGGAGGAGCUGCGGCGGGCAGGAUGGUACUGGGGCAACAUGACUGUUGCUGAAGCCAAAGAGAGAUUACAGGAUGCCCCCGAAGGAACCUUUUUGGUUAGGGAUAGUUCGCAUUCAGAGUAUCUACUGACUAUUUCAGUAAAAACAUCAGCGGGACCGACCAAUCUACGUAUAGAAUAUCAAGAUGGCAAGUUUAGACUGGAUUCUAUCACUUGUGUCAGAUCUAGACUUAAACAGUUCAACAGCGUUGUGCAUUUGAUUGAGUACUAUGUUCUUAUGUGCAAGGACAGAACUGAAACACCUUCAAAUGGAACAGUUCAUCUUUACUUGAACAAACCCCUCUAUACGUCUACUCCAUCUCUUCAACACCGCUGCAGAAUAGCUAUAAACAAGAGUACAAAUCAGAUCUGGGAGCUGCCAUUACCAACAAGACUAAAAGAGUACUUGAAAGAGUACCAAUACCAGGUAUAAAUAUAUUUUCUAAAUGCCUCUAACAUAGAGUAACUUUUGAAUGCAGUUCUUAAAAUCAGCCAAAGAACUGAGUAACCAGCUGUACAACUCCACAUGGAAUUCACUAUCAAAACAGUGGCAGUUCCAGGGAAAAGGUUUUUAUUUCAGAUGCCACAAAGGGAGACUUUAUGUAGAAUAAUCCCAACUUAUGUCCUUGGGGGUUCAACAAGGUGGCACGCUAUUCUUGCAAGGAGAGAGAAGUCAGGAAUCUGUCCAGAUUGUGUUGCUUUGUCAAUGGCAUAAAAUGCUGCUCUAACUAUCAAAUGCUUACUGAAGCAGUGGGACUGGGAGAGACUGCAGAAGUGGUCAGAGACAUAUGAGAGUUCACAAGUAUCUCACUUGUCUGAUUCCAAGAUUAAUUUGGUGCUGGUGUUCAUAUAAUCCUAAAAGCUUAACUAGAUCACACUGUGAUAAUCUUGCUGAAGUUAUGUAACUAAUCAAAUCCAGUCAGAAAAUGAUCAUGUAUUCAGUUUUACUGAACUAUUCUCCUGCUUUUCUGCAAGCAAAGGAGUACUGUAAGUAAUCAGUUUAAAACAUUGUUUUUCAAAGUUCUCUAAAGGCUGACCUUAAGAAGAAAUGCCACAUCUUUCACAGGAACUUAGUAUGUUGCUGAUUAUACCAGAUUGGUAUCCCAGAAUCCUUAACAUGUUAACAUCUUCACAGUGGUGAUAUAUCCAUGUUAUUACUAUUAAGCCUCUUUUGGUUGAGGCUUUAAGACUGUAGGCUGCAGACUUGCAGUUGCUCAGUUCCAAUGUCAAAACAUGGAUAUCAGCAGUUACAGCUGUCUUUCUACAGUGUAGAAUGUUUUCUUCAGCUUGUUUCCCAAAAUAUGGGGAAAUAGGAUUUGGGUUUUGUUUGUUGGGUCUUUUUUGUUUGUUUGUUUUUGAGGUGGUCAGUUUUUUCUUUUUUUUUCUUUUUUUUUUUUUUUUUUUUUUUUUUUUUUUUUUACUUCUAAUUCACCAUUGUCACUAUCAGACUAUUGCUCAAUAAAGUAAAUCAAAUUGUACAACAAUCUCCCAAUAUUUGUAUGUAUCGAUUUGCUAUUAUUGAGGAAACAGUGCUCUUAUGAAUCUAUAUAAUUUUCCCAGCUAAUACUCAGAUAACUGCACAUGUAUCAGUAAGGAUGAAUACUCCUACUUUGCCUUUGUGGUAUAUCUGGAUUACGUUCAGAUUAGUGGCUUAGAGGCUGCCUGCUGAAUUCCUGUAGUUAGGUAUUAGCAUAGGACCUUGCUUUUUCUGUUACAGUAGUCUUCCAAAUGGGAAGAGGGGACUAAGACCCUCAGUACCCAUUCCUCAGAUUAAAUCUGAAGUACCUAAUAGAAGAAAUAUUUAGGAUGAGAAUAGCAGGAGAGCAGUAAAGAGAGACAAGGACAUAGACUAAUCCUCAGUCAACAAAUUCAUAGUUUUAGCUCUUUCCCUAUCUUAUUUGUUAAUUAAAGCAAAGAUCAGUACUUGAACAAGGAGGAUUGUCAAGACUUGCUGUAAUCUAGCUCUGCCCAGGCUGAAUUAGAAACAACAUAAAAUAAUCUUCUUGUUUUCCUUGUGACUUUACUGCCCUGUUGUACUGUCAAGAUGUUCUGUCCCUUCUCAUAAACUUUGGGGCACUGAUCAGCUUAUUUGUGGCAUUUAAACUCCCAGUAUUAUACUCUCAAUUUUUCAGUAACAUGCUGGCAGAAAUGAGUAGCAGAGCUGUUCAGGAAAACAAGAUACCAAGAACCUGAGGCAGAGUGGAUGGUUCCUUGGUAUGCCAGAUACUUGAUAUGUUCUCUCUAUGGAAAAAACAGCUUUUCUCCUUCUCCUCCAUGGAAUAAAUUUUCUGUACCCAUUUUUAAUGCAAGCUUUCAUGUAGAAAUGGGGGAGUUUUCGCCUGAAAAAAAAUGAAACAAAAUAUUUUGUUAUGUAAAUUUUUCCCCAUGUCCUGCCAAAACAUAGUUGGAAAUUCUUCACGCUACAUGGUGACCACCCUUUGGUUCCCAUCCCAGAAAACCUCUUGUAUUCCAGGUGUGUGCCAUAACCAAACAGUUCUCAUCAGUCUUGUUAGGAUCUGCCACCCUAGGCUGAGGAGCUUUUCCUGGGAGCAGAGCCUGUGAAAGAACCAUAUGCCUGGGAAUACUUUUCAUUCUGAAGAAUCUGUUUUCUUACAGUUCUUGUCUAGCUCUACCUUCCAGUGAGAGAGCUGCUAUAUGGAAUAACUUCUGUCACAGUUAGAAACACUCUAAUCUGCUGCUAUGUUAACCUUCUACUAUUGUGCAUUUUCAGUCAAGGUGAUAUGCUUGAGGUCUCAAUGAUAAACACAUUGCACUAAGGUCCUUUAAAAUAAUUCCUCACUGGCUAGCCCCUGGCCUGAGGAUUUAAAAUCAAGAAUACCAAUGCUGGAGCAAGCAGACUGAGAAGAUAAGCACAAUGAGACUGCUAUACUGCAAAUAUAAGAAUUUAUGGCUUAUUGCUGGCAGCCUACUGUAAGCAGUCAUAGGCCAAGUGUACCCCAUGGCAGAGCCAAGCUCUGAGGAGCGACAUGGCCCAGAUGCAGGGAAGCUUGCUGGGUUUCCUGAUAAGCAGUUCUCCAAAGCACAAGGGCAAAUGGUAUAGGCUGAGGACAAGGAGUGCUAGUAAAGUGAAAUGUGGUGAUUCUUGUAAAUAAUCAAGAUUAGUUACUGUGAUGUGGAAUCAAGUCACCAAACAUUGAGCAUACUGACUUGGACUUCAUGUCACUUGUAUGAAUUCCUGUGAGGAAAAGUAGGGUCUGUAGCUAUGGUGUGCUCGAAGCAGUGAACAGUAUUUUAAACAGACUGGAGGGGGAACUAGUCCUCUUUGCAUGAAAGCGCAGUUCUUGUCCUCAUUAGGAUGCCAGUGCCAGGGUUUGAUGCAUUGCAAUAGUAAAACUAAACCGCACUAUAGCUUGCUGAAAGCUUGGCUUCUUUCUAAUGCUGCACAGAGGAAGGACUUGUUCUGGUACAAAAAAUCCAAGGAUAGCACAUGAUUAGAUUACAGUGGUGCAAAGAUCUUGCCUGUAGACUUGUGAAUUUUUAGUCAUGAUCAUGUUGUUCAAACAUUUUUAAAAAGUUCCAGUGCCUUUUUUCUUUUUUUUUUUUUUUUUGUCUUUCUUUCUGAUGUUGAGGCUUGUUUGCAGCACUAGCUUUUAAAUUGCUGGCUCUUCAGAUUCCAAAAAUUACUUCUAACUGAUAUAUAUCAUCUUGAAUUGCUAGUACAGAGUGUUCAGUGAAGCCAGUUUCACACAUUCGAUGCCCAUGAGUCAACCAAAAAUCAUGAUAAGGACUUUAAUCCUAAGCCUUUUUUUCUCACCCCAUGUAUUGGUUUAGUUUUUUGGUUUUGAGUCUUGAGAUUUCAGAUUUACCAGCUUGUACCUGGAAUGUUAGUUGCUGAAAACCUCUUUAUUUUAGUUAAAGGAAAACUGAGAAUCCUACAGUCUUAAAAAAGUAAUGCUUAAAAAAAACCCCAAACAACCAAACCAAACACAAUUGCAAGAUGAAUGAUGAAAAUAGAAUUGGUGACAGUAUUUCAUUUAGCACUAAACCUAGCAGAAGUGUGAACUAUAGCAGCAUUUUAGUUGUAUGGGUAUUUUCCUGCUGAUAGUAUUAUCACCAGAGACAGAAAAUGGUUCAAGUACAAGAUGAAUGGGUAGAGUGGGAAUGUAUCCAAGCAGCUGGACCCAGUGCAUUAGAAGUAAUUUUAUUUUAAUCUGAUCUCGUCUGUAUUGUCCUUAUUAUAUUUUAUGUAACCACAUUCUAGAUAAACAAUACACAAUUAUUAGCAAGAAGGAAAAAUUAUUCACUAGAAUAUGGGGGCAGAGGUUUUUUUUUAAUAUCUUAAAACAAUGAGAAACUUACUCUUCACUAGAAAUGAUGGAGCUUUAUAAUCUGAGACUCUUACUAAGUCUCAUCACCUUGAGAAAACAAUCUAUACACAGUAUGAAGGACAGGGUUCUGUAGCUGCAUGAAUUCCUGUACCUUAGCCAACUCCCAUGUCUUAGUAAAAUGUUCCUGCAGCUAAAUUACCUUGUUAAAGAUUGUAAAAAACUUUAUUUGCUUACAUGUUCUAUUCAAGAGCUUUGUCUUGUAUUCCUGAUAACAAUCCUAUGGAUUUUUCCUUUGUCUAUAAGCUUAGGCUCUAGUGGAAAGUAAGUCGAGUGGUGUCAGGGCUUUGCUCUCCUUAAGCCAAAACACAUGAUGGAAAUGGGAAGAGAUAUCUUUAGACAGGGCUAUCACCUCUAAGGGUCAUUUAAAAUAAAGUAAAAUAAAAUUUCUGCUGACUUCACUGUCAUUAAAAUGAAUCUAAGUAUCAUAUUUACUGUUAGAGGAAACAAUGGCUUAAGGGAUUCUAGAAAUGGUAUUGUUAAUUCUCAAUCAUACAAAACUUGACCAAAAGGCAGAAUUUUAUUUAGACAAAACUAGAGAAAUAAAAUAAACUUUUAGUAUCUAAACCAUAAAAAUUCCAAAUAGAAUAAACAGAAAUUGGUUGAAAGGUCUGAGCUGGUUAGUUCUUUAUACACAAAGGAAGUGAGUAUGACAAGAUACUUUGGUAUCUCAGCCUAGCUCCUGAAAACCAGUUCUUUAUUAGUGUUAAAUUCAGCAGGUCUUAGUAUUUUGCUACACCAUUAGCACGACUGAAAAUACCUGGAAACAGUAUUCCACUUCAGUCAUCAUGGUCUGAGAUCACUUUACAACACAGUGAUUUGCCACAGUAGUGCUGAAAUGGGGUAAUUUCUACAGUGGGCUGAAUAUCAGUCAAAGGAAGCGUGAGGCAGAGUUGGUACUGCCCGAGGCCAUGAAAGGUAUCAGGUGCUGACCAUCCUUGGUCCUUACCUGGUGUCUUAGAUAGAAGGCACACUACAAACUACGUGAAAUAUAGCUGCCAGGAAAACAGAUGAUAAACUACUCUGCUUGCUAAGGAGGGAAAAGGGUCUGAAGGGUCUGAGAAGAGACUGAAGGGAAAGAACGUGGAAGACUCAGCAGCUCCUGUGAGAGGUGGCACUUUUCACAAGGUGUAUCAACUAACUAACCAUCAGGAUGAUUAUGAUACUGAAAAGUGUUAUUAGUAUAGAUUAAAAGUCCAGGGGGGUAACUAGUAUCAGUACAGUUUGAAUCCACAUAUAAACAAAGUCUGUCUAGAUAACUGAAUUUCAGGGGAAAAAAAAAGCUUCUAAGCAAAAUCAGUCUGUCCUGGUGUCAGGGUUACCAAACCAGGGGAGGGAUUAACUGUGUUUAUUAAUCAGGUUAUCUACAGGGCUUUGAAGCAGCCAGUACCUCUGAUAAAGUCUAUAGAAAUGUAAAAACAUAUCACCAUCAUAAUGGUGUUUAAUCUGCCUGAUAAAUUGUGAAUUUUAUUCUACUUAGAUCCUGUUUUAGAAAGGGAUUGCACAUGUGUUACAUUUUGUUUUCUUCCUGAGCUGAAGCCACUAACUCUCCAGGAACUGAAAUACCAAAAUAAUAUGACUCCUUUCUUUGGUAUUAAGGAGGAAUAUAAUGCCAGAGCAAAAGCUACUUAUAUUAGCAUAAGAGGUGCUUGGGUACUGAAACAGGAUCCCCAGGGAAGUGGUCACAGCACCAAGCCUGACAGAGUUCAAGAAGCAUUUGGAUGAUUAUGUCAGGCACAUGGAGUGACUCUUGGGGAUGAUCCUCUGCAGGGUUGAGAUUUGGACUCAAUGAUCCUCAUGGGUCCCUUCCAACUCAGCAUAUCCUGUGAUUCUGUGAAGGCGUUUAGUAGGAAAACCUUCAAACAGAUACUACGCAGGAAAAGUUUAGUGCUGAGUGCUGCAAAGAAAAAAUACAUAAAAAAAACCACAACAAAACAAAACAAAAACCAACCACCAAAUUCUAUGGUCCUAUUUUGAUUUUUCUUUCACUAGCAGGCAGGGUUUAUGUAAGUAAAUCCUUUUGAUUCUAGUCAAAUUGUUCCAUAACUGAAGUUCCAUAGCUGAGGUUUGGAAUUUGGAGCAAUGUUGGUUAACAAAUAAUAAAUGCAGAGGUAUGUUAAAUGUGCAGAAAGAUUCAAAGCUCCAUGCAAAUUCUCCUUUUGAGAUUAUUUGGAUCAGGCUUGAUAACAGGAGUUAUAUAGAAAAUAGUUGUAAAUCUGGUAGCUGAAAGCUGUAAAAUCCCUUUUCAAAAUGCUUUGAUACAGUUUAACUGUAUGUCUUCAGGUUGCAGCCCUAAAAUAGGAUCUGUUCAGCUGAGUCGCUGUACCCACACUAUGUUUGUCUCAGGAGGAGUCUCCAAAUUUGAGACACACCUAUAUUACAUGUCAUACAUUUGCUUUUUUCUUAACCAGUGUGCUGUUUGACAGGUAUGUGAGACAGAUAUGCAGGGCAGAAUAAGUUGCGGAUCAACUGUUACUGUUCAAGGGAUUUAAUUUGGUCCAUUUUCUUUAGGAAGAGAAACAAGACUGAGCUGCAAUUUUCCAUCUGUAAAGUGGGAAGUGGGCUCAACAUUUUGUAAUUUAUCAGCAUAGGGUGAAAAGUGGUUUAUAUUUCAAUUAACAUUGAUGGGAACUUAAGCUGCAGUGAUGACAGUAUCUUUGGCUGAAUUGCUAGAAAGGGAAAAGUAAGUUAAGAAAGUGAGAUCCUUGUCUAACUAUAUUGCAGUGGAAGUGGCAUCACAGCUCCUUUGUGAGCUGAAGUGCUUCAGGCGUGUGUUGUCUUCAAGAGAAACUGGCUGUGAGAAGAUAACUGUUUUCUGAAAAUUCAUCUGUUUCUUUUAACUCCCCUGAUGGAGGAUGCAGUGCCCACUGCAGGCUGCUUCACUAGGCUGAAUGCAGACAGGUUUCAUUUUGGAAGGGAACAAAAUAGAGUAAGUGAAAUUUUAAUUGAAGGGUACUUUUUGUUUGAAAACACAAUGUAUGGAAAAAGUAUAAGCAGUAGCACAUCUCUUGCUGUAAAAAUUUCUCAUUAAUCAUUACUAGCUCCUGAAAAGUAUAACCUUAAAGUAAGAACCUUUAAUAAUACAGGUAUUGUAUAUGACUUUGUCCAGUUCAAAUCCUGAGAAAUGGAAGAUUACAAAAAGCAAUAAUUAUUCUCCCCUUAAAUAAAACCAACCUUCCAGUCUUUUAUGUAAAAUGCUAGAGAACCAUUUCAUAUGCUGUAAUUUGCAAACAAAAUAAGUUGGUUUUGUGGAAAGGUUUCGGACUUGAAUCUUAAAUUCAUUUUAGUUAUUUGUCAAUGUUUCAUUUUCAGGUUAAUUAGUGAAUUUUCUUUGUUCUCACAUUAUUAAAAUGGUGCUUUACAUUUAAAAAAUAAUUUCCUAAGUCUGGAAUAAAUAAUAUAUAAUAAGAGGCUUGUAAUAUUUCAUCUGUCUCCUCAAAGCAUCUUUAAAUUAAACUUAAAAAUAAACAGAGAACUAUAUUAAUUCAUGUAUUUAAAGAAAAUGGACUAAAAAUUCUGAGACAUACUGAGUCAUAUUUUACAAAUAUUAAUUUCAAGUUUUUUAUUACAAUUCAUUGGAGGUUUUUUUUUUUUUUCCGGAAUGUAUGCAAAUGUUUUGCAUUUGAUGCCUGUUUCUUUUUUAUAACUAUUCCUCAUUCAACUUUUUGCUACAGAUUAUUUGUAUCAAAGUAAACAGCAUUAAGAAUUCACUGCAGUACUGGUAAUAGAAACUUUAUUAUUGAAACAAAUGUAAAUGUAUAGACACUACAGGGUCACUUUAAACUCCCUGGUUUAAGGUAUUUUAAAACUUUCUGUGCUAUAUUUUACCUACAUGCUGGACAUGCCUUUUAAUAAAAUAAUACUUUUAAGGAA